AUGUCAUUCCUAGGUGGCGCUGAGUGCUCGACGGCGGGAAAUCCGCUCAGCCAGUUUACGAAACAUGUGCAGGAUGAUAAGAGCUUGCAGAGGGAUAGGUUGGUGGGGCGUGGACCGGGUCCUAGUAUGCAGGGCAUGAGGAGUACGAAUGGGAUGGGUAUGGCUGGGAGUCAAGAUAAUAUGAUGAAUGAGUUUAUGCAGCAGAAUGGCCAACUCCCUGAGACUUUCGCCAUGCAGCAUGAUAUCCACCAGGCGCAGAAUAUGCGUGCUUCGUCAACGUCGCCCGGCCUAGGAGGGUGGGCACAGGAAUUCAACCCCGGAGUGGAGGAUCGGGCCCGAAUGGAGGCUGCUUUCCAGGUUCCCAAGGGAGCGGCGUUUAGCCCCGCGGAUUUUGCCCGGUUUCAGCAAAUGGGACAGUCCUCGGCGCGGGCUGCGAGCCCGAUGCAACAACAGCAGAAUAUGGAGAGUAACUACUCGGCAUACCAAGGGCGGGGAAUGGGUAUGGGGAUGGGUAUGAACAGUAUGGGCGGCAUGGGUGGUAUGGGCAUGGGCAUGAUGAAUAGACAGCAUUUCCAAGGGCCCCAGGACCUACAGCAACAGGAUAAAGGGAAGGGGAAGAUGAUAGAACUCGAUGAUGAGCAUUGGGAGGAGCAGUUCAAGCAAAUUGACCUGCAAGGGCAGGAACAGGACGAGGCCCUGGCAGCCGAGGCGGAGCUUGAUCAAAUGGACAGGUCAGUGCUUGAAUCCGAAACCAAUGAAUUUGGUGAUUUUGAGUCUAUCUGGAAAGGAAUACAAGCUGAGACCGCGGCUGCUAGGGAGCUGGUUAACGAACAGAAUCUCGAUGAGAAUUGGCACAUGGGAGAGAGCGAUCAGUGGGAUGGCUUUUCCGGCUUAGGCACACACCAGUCGCCAUUCCGAGAUCCUCAGUUAGGGGACUACAUGUUUGAAGAGGAGAAUAUCUUCAAGGAGGUUGGUAACCCGUUUGAAGAAGGCGUUCGGAUAAUGCAGGAGGGCGGAAACCUCUCCCUCGCAGCUUUAGCUUUCGAAGCCGCUGUCCAGAAAGAUCCACAACAUGUUGAGGCCUGGGUUCUUCUUGGCUCAGCACAGGCACAAAACGAGAAAGAAACACCAGCUAUCCGCGCAUUGGAGCAAGCCUUGAAGGCGGACCCGAAUAAUCUCGAGGCUCUCAUGGGUUUAGCGGUCAGCUAUACCAAUGAAGGCUAUGACAGCACCGCCUACCGAACUCUAGAACGCUGGCUCUCGAUCAAAUACCCCGCAAUUAUAUCACCCGGCGACCUCUCCUCGGAAGCAGAAGUAGGCUUCACUGACCGACACAUCCUCCAUGAAAAAGUCACCGACCUCUUCAUCCGCGCAGCCCAGCUCUCACCAGACGGCGAGCAUAUGGAUCCCGAUGUGCAAGUUGGACUGGGCGUCCUGUUCUACGGCGCUGAAGAGUAUGACAAAGCCGUGGACUGUUUCUCCGCCGCUCUAGCCAGCACAGAAUCAGGAGCUACAAACCAGCGAGAACAGGUCCAUCUCCUCUGGAACAGGCUCGGUGCCACAUUAGCAAAUAGUGGACGCAGUGAGGAGGCUAUCGCGGCCUACGAAAAGGCGUUAACGCUCCGCACAAACUUCGUGCGCGCACGCUACAACCUCGGCGUAUCAUGUAUCAACAUCGGCUGCUACGAGGAAGCUGCAUCGCAUCUCCUAGGCGCGCUGGCCAUGCACAAAGUAGUAGAAAACGAAGGCAGGGAGAAGGCGAGGGAUAUCCUCGGUGCGGGCGGUGAUGUGAGUGAAGCGGAUCUCGAGCGCAUGAUUAACCAGAAUCAAAGUACCAACCUGUAUGAUACGCUUCGAAGGGUAUUUUCCCAGAUGGGGAGAAGGGAUUUGGCGGAGCGUGUGGUUGUCGGUAUGGAUGUCGAGGCUUUGAGAGGGGAGUUUGAUUUCUGA